AUGUACAAAGAUCAACUUUUUAGAAAUUACAGAGUUUGUACUGCGUCACCAAGUAGAUAUUAUAAAUUGUAUUCUCUUUUAUUUGUUUUAAUACACCAUUUUGGACACGUUUCUAUAACGAAAUUAACGAGCAGAGAUUCAAAAAUGUCUAAUGAAAUGGACGUCCGGAUUAGAUAUCCCUUUAAACACUUCCUGAAAGAGGGAAUCGUCUCAAAGCCUAUGAAAAAAAGAGCUGAAGUAAACAAUGACAGCCCCACAAAUAUAGAAGACGAUACCAUAGGGCCGAAAAACGACGAGAAUGAUCUAAUGAUAUCAAGUGAUAUUCAAAUUAAAAACAGAAAACAACCAAGGAUAAUGAAAGGGUCAACAGUUAACAGACAUCCUGAUUCAAAUAAGAAUUUAGUUGAAAAACACUGUUUCGGAUUACAACCAGGUUUAUCAAAAACUGAGAUAACUACAGAACUAAUUCGAUACGCGCAAAUGGUCAAUAAAAUACAAGAAACUAAUCCAAAACUUUUUCUGCGGAAAUGCCAGUGA